AACCAUGUAGUGCCUCAACGACUCAGCGCUUCCUGGUACCUACAACACUGUCCUCCGGACCUCACUCAACAUGGCGUUCGACGAGGACAGCGGCCUGGUCUACAGCGAAACCACCAUGUCAACCAAGUCUAUGCACAAGCAGCUGCUGCCAGUCUAUUCCGAAGCACAACCCAGGCCGAAGCCUCGGCCGAAUCGGCACGGGUCUGGCUCAAGAUUUCUCUUCGAUAUGACAAUGCGGUCUUUGCUGCGCAAUCUCGAUUCGUUGAGUGCCAGCUCUCUGGAGAAUGUCCCCAAUCCGGUUCUGGAGUGUAUAUGGAAAGCUAUUCAGGAGAAACGUUGUUUUUGGCAAGACUACCUGAAGCUUGAUGGCCGCAUGUCGCAGCGAUCAAACAAAUGCAGCAGCCGUGACUACCGUUCAAGAGCACCACAUCUCAACGAGGGCCCAUCCGAUUCAUCUCUAAACACAUUCUUGAGUGACUGGGUGCCGAGAACACUGGAAGAUGAACAUUCGCCCAUGGUCCGCCUGCGGUUGAGCGACCCACCUUUGCGAUCUCCAGAAUAUGGUGGUCGUGAGCCGCCGUUUCUCACUACCUGUACUCACCACUUCCGGAAGCAGAUGGGAAAGGCGAUUGUCCCGCCACCCGGCAAUACUGCGACCGCCGCUUCCAAAAAGCGCAGAUUCAGGGACUCCAAAUCUCAAUCACUUAACAACGUACUUGCUGGUAUGUGA